AUGUACCAAAAUGAAGAAUCUGAUACGGUGGAGACGGUAGAGAGAGAGUGUCCCGCACAUAUUGGGCAUAAUAUGCAUUCACAAACUUUGUAUACACAUCCGAUUACAGAUAAAAAUUAUCCUUGGGUUUUUACCGACUGUCCGGGAUUUCUGGAUAAUAGAAUGACCAAUGAUACGAUUGUGACUUCCAUUAGCAUGGAAUUAACUAUUCGCAUUGCAAAACAAGUCAAGGGGAUUGUUAUACUGAUGGAUGCGACUGAGUUUUUAAGUAGUAGAUUGACUGCUUUGGGUCCGUUGAUGAAGAUAUUGAUUAAAUUAUUUCGAGAUCCAGUUGAAAUGUUAAAGUAUUCUGUAAUUGGUGUGACAAAACUAGAUCAAAUAAAGGGAGGAAAAACGAGGGCUAAGAAAAUAACGUUACAAGGUUUGAAUAAAAUUAAAGAAGAAUGUCGUAGAAGAAUAAAAACUCUUGAGACAGAGAAGAGAGAAAGAGAUGGAACAGAUUUGAUUAUCAGUGAAUAUAAAGUGAUGGAAGAGUUUACUAGUGCAGUACUUGGUCGUAAAGAUGAUAUCAUGUUUAUUGAUAUUCUUGAUGAUGGUGAUUCAAAACAGCUCGUAACCGAUCGUAUUUGUGCCAUUAGAUCGAGAACUGAAGCUCAAACUGAUCAGUUACCACAUGAUACUUCUCCACCUCCAAUAUCAACAUCUACUAGUAAUGCUCAACAAGAUGCACUGCCGUUACCGCUAAUUACGAUCGCAGACUUCAAUUUUGAAGAUUAUGAUAUCAAUAGAACAAGCUUUAAUAAAGCAAUUUACGAUUUGGCUGGUGAAGGUAAUCAGCUAAUCGGUGCAAUUACAGGAGUUACAGAUCAGCUUAAACGUGCGAUUGAUUUGUGGAAUGAUAACAAAAAGAGAAUGACGUCGAUGAAAAGAUUGAGAUCGGAGUUGGACAGUUAUGUUUCUGCUUCUGAAGUCCCAACAAAAUUAAUAAACACUUGGUCAGAAAUGCUUGAAGAAAAUGAACAAUCUAUCCAGUCUGAAAAAAGAAAGAUGCAGUCUGUUAAUGACCAGUUAAAAAAAUUUAAACAAGAAUUGAAUGAAAUUAAUACUGAUAAGCCCGUGAUAUUUGCUGAAAAGAAGUAUAUCAAAAAGGAGCAAUAUUGGACCUAUCAUGAAGUCCUUUUUGAUUUUGAUACUGAAGAUGAACGGACACCAAUUGUUGAUAUCGAUCAACGAAUAGGUAGUGGUCGCUGGUGCAGUACAACAGAUGAAAGGCGGAGAGGCCGAUAUAAAACGUGGUAUCAAUCUGGCUGGUGGAAAAGUGGGGAUGCUACUAUGACGGUUUAUAUUGCUUCUAAGCAUGAUACAGGUAAUCGUAGACGUAUUAAAGAUCUUCGAGUAGAAAUUAGUCGAUGCAAAGAGUCUUUCGACGAGUUAAAUGAUAACGUGCUUGAGCUUAAGAAAUCUAAGGAACGCAUUUCAUCCAAUAUAACAUCCGUGAAAAAUGUAGUCCAGGAAGAAGUAGAGAAAGAUCGCACAAAUAAACUACGGCAGUGUGAUGGAGAUAUCGAGCAAUUGUCUGCGCGGAUGGCAGAAAAUCGGAGACGUAUGGAAAAGAGUAAAGCAAAAGGUUUAGAAUUACUGGAAAAUUUUUACGGUGAUUCUGAUACUUUGAAAAUGCCUGAAAAAUUUGAGAUUGUGCAAAGUAUCAACGAGUUGCUACGGUUUCCGAGCACUUUGGUAUACAAAUUUAUUAAGCGCUAUAAAACCUUUAAAGCGAACUUUGAUGCAACUAGAAGAUAUUUUCAGUUAGACUUAAAUGAAACGGAUUUGAGUCAACUUUCUCAGGAUAAUACAGCAGAUGAGUUAGACGAUGGUGCUAUUAACAAAAAAGAUCCCAUAACUGGUAAAUGGAUUAGGACACUGGUGGUAACGAAGGCAGGAACAGGAUUUGAAUUAUCUUCAUUAAUGGAGCAAUUUCCUAUGAAUAGCGUAGGCAGUGUGUUUGAGUUUACUCAUCCAACGACUGGUAAAAAAGAGCGUAUUCUUUACGGUGAUUGGGCCCAACUGAAUGAAUCAGCUUCGCCUACAUCCACUGAGGAAGAACAGAUUUCUCAAGUGGAUCAAGUGCUUAGUAUGUCAUCGAAUGAUCCACAAGAACUCAACAGAUUAAAACAAAGCGUAGAGGAAGAGAUAGAAAUGUUAACGAAAAUUAUUCAAGAGCGAGAAGAAGAACUUUUUACGAAGCAACGUCAGCUAGAUAAAAUCAUUGAGCGCCUUAAAAGGUUUACAACAGAUGAAACAACAGAAGAUAUUAGUUCUAUGGAGGAUAGUUUUGUCCAACUUGAUAUUACAGAGGUUUCUUCUGUUCCUACUGGUGUCUAA